AACGGGAAAACGGACAAACGUAAAAGAAUCGCCGUCAGUUUGAUAACAACAGCUUCUGAAUACACUGGGAAUUGAGACCCCAAAACUGAGAUUCCAAUUCCAUUGUCCUCUCUCUCUCUCUCUCUCUCCAGACAGCAAUUCAAUUCACCUCGUGACAUGACACCCCACCCCCCGAAAUUCACGACAUUUUCUCACUCACCCGAAUCAAUCCCAUUAUUUCCACACCUUAAAUACUCAUCAUCAAUUCUUCCUCUCCUCUCUCUCAAUUCUUCUUGGCCUCUCCUCGUGUGGCAUCUCGGCAGCGCGAUGUCUAUAUAAAUAGAUGAUAAGGGACUUCAUGCUUGCAAGGAUUUUCACAUCACUCACCACUCAACAUAUGCUACUACAAUUAAGAUAUAUUGUGCGUUUACCAUGAUCACAUACGACCAAGAUCCUGAUGUUAUUCGCUGGGGACUUAAGCUCUUUGAUGGUGAUCCUUAUUCUAAUUGUGGAUAUUGUGGUUCCAUCCCCCAACAUAACGCGGACUGCUAUCCGGGGCAUUAUUUGAAAGGAUAUCAGUAUGAGUCGGACUGCAAUUAUGCAGGAGACCAAAACCUUAAUGUAGACAGCCUUCACGACGAACUAUCACAACUUUCAGUGACUGAACCAAUCAAGUUGUUCCAAGAUGGCAUGGAGCACCAAACUUCGUUUUGUUCACAGGACUGGUUUCCACAUUCAUUGGGGAACUACAGCUAUGUCGUUGAUGGACAUGAUAGUCAACAUGAAGAAGAAACUGAUUUGGGAAUUUCUGCUUCAUGUUCUAGCCCAGGAGAUGAAUUGUACUGUGAAGAAGAGUGGUCGAAUUCACUAGAACUAAUGGACGAGCAUGCUUUUGAUAGUGAAGUAGGUAAAAGAUUGAACCAGAUGGCUUCUAUUCCCCACAUUCCAAAAAUUAAUGGUGAAAUACCCUCAAUAGAUGAAGCGACUUUAGAUCAUCAAAGACUUCUGGACAGAUUACUGGUCUAUGAGCUGGUCGAAUUCAAGGUUCAAGGUGAUGGUAACUGCCAGUUCCGAGCUCUGUCGGACCAAUUUUAUCGUACUCCUGAGCACCACAAAUUUGUCCGAGAGCAGAUUGUAAAUCAGCUUAGGUCUUUCCCAGAGAUCUACGAGGGAUAUGUGCCCAUGGCUUAUGACCAAUAUCUGACAAAGAUGUCCAAGAACGGAGAGUGGGGAGAUCAUGUCACGUUGCAAGCUGCUGCAGAUUCUUAUGGUAUAAAAAUAUUUGUCAUCACGUCGUUUAAGGACACCUGUUACAUUGAGAUCCUCUCAAACAUUCAAAAGUCAGAACGAGUUAUUUUCCUGAGCUUCUGGGCCGAGGUUCAUUACAACUCGAUAUAUCCUGCCGGAGCUUGUAUUGUUGUGCAGAUUGCCCGACGUUUCAGACAAAGAAGAAGAAGAGGUGGCUGGCUGCUCAACACGAACACGUCGAAUUACCAAAAGACUAUAACUAAUGAAUGGCAAUGGAAAUCGACGCCAUUCAUAACCUGCAACUCUACUACCAACCCAACAAGACCCCUCAUUCUUUCUCAAUAAUAUCUAAUUCUCUCUUAUCUGGAUCUAUGAGAAUCUUUGUAUUUAGUUGAUGCACUUUUAUUAACAUAUUUCCAUUCUAACUUGCCAAUAUCGAUAAUCCUUGCUUA